AUGUUUGUGGCCGGCUCAAGGGCGUUGCGGCUCGUCUGCAGGACUAGUAGAGCUGCGUUUUGCCAGCCAGAUCCGGUUUCAGCAUUAUUCUCCCGUCGAGCACUGGAUGUAUCAAAAUACUCCACAGUAUCUGAAGCUGCAGAAACCCAGAAGCCUGCGUCCAAUAUAGCAAGCCAUAACGGCACAAAGCCAACAUCAGUUGGUGAUACCUCUACAAUUGCCUCUGAGAAUGCUGGUGCAACUGCAGAAUUGGCUUCCAAUAAGGAUGGACGGACAUCUACCAAAGGGAACUACAUUCGCUUCGUUCAGAGCGUGCGCGGGAGAACACCUAAGACUAGGGCAGAGGGCAGUUCUCCAAGUUCUGCCGUUUCCCGGCGCCAGAUGAACUCCCAUAUCCCAAUCAAAGUCAAUGGAGAGAUAGUAUACUUCGAACCGUUGCAUCUCCGGGACUCCUGCCCUUGUGACCGUUGUAUUCAUCCAUCCACAAAGCAGCGUACUUUUGAAACUGCCCAGAUACCAUUGGAUAUUACUGCAAAAAGCAUCACUGCUGGUGAAGACUCAUUUACAAUUGAGUGGGCGAAGGAUAUCAAAGGAUUUGAAGGCCAUACUUCUACGUUUUCAACAAGCUACCUCCAAAAGUUGACAACCGUGCAGUUGGGCUCCAAGCCUGCAGACCCGGCCUACUACUGGGACAAGUCAGCAUUUGAAAAGACAAACCAUUGGAUCUCCUAUGACGAUUACAUGAACAAUCCUGAAGUGUUUCGGUCAGCUAUGAUGCAACUAAACCGGUAUGGCUUACUGUUCUUAAGGGGCGUACCAGAGGACACGGAAAGCGUUUCCAGAGUCGCUACUCAGAUCGGCCCUAUUAAAAAUACAUUCUAUGGCCCAACUUGGGAUGUUCGAAAUAUCCCAAACCCAAAGAACGUCGCCUACACUAAUGUCGACCUUGGCUUCCAUAUGGAUUUGCUGUACCUUGUCCAGCCCCCUGGCCUUCAGUUCCUUCAUUGCAUGAAAAAUGAGCUGCCAGGAGGUGAAUCUCUCUUUGCAGAUAGUUUCUAUGCUGCAGACGUUCUCCGCAAGACAAGCAAACCUGACUUCGAUUUUCUUGCUGAAUCCUGGAUGACCUUUGGAUACGACAACGACAACCAGAUGUACACUGCCACACGGAAGAUGAUCAAUCUAUCUGGUAAAUCCAAGGACAGGAUCAUAGAUAUAAACUAUUCCCCUCCGUUCCAAGCGCCUUUUUGGGACAUCAGUAACGGGCUACCUAAGAACACGUAUACCCGUCGUGCCGAAUCAAUGAAACGCUUUAAGUCCUUGCUUGAGGAUAAGAAGAACAUCUUUGAACUCAAGAUGAAACCGGGUGAAUGUGUCAUAUUCCAUAAUCGACGGGUUGUCCAUGCUCGACGUGCAUUUGGUAACGCAAAUGCUGAAAGUGGCGGGGAUCGAUGGUUGCGCGGUUGCUAUAUUGAUAGCGAUGUGGCCGUCUCUAAGUUUAAGACUCUUAAUAUAUACUAA